ACCGCGGGCACGUAUCGCUCCCGUGCGGCGGCGUCGCGGGGAUGCGCGCGUCCGCCUCGCGCACAGCUGUGUUCUUAGCCGACGAAGCCGUCGACUGGACCGAAUCGCUCGUGCACGAUGAAUUCGCUUUCGAUUUACUUCGCCGAUCGGGCCUGGGCGAGGACGCGGCGGACGUCGCCGGGACGUUCAUGUCGUUCCUGCUUCGGCCCAGGCGCGUACACGGGUUGGGGUCGCCGGUGUUGUUAACAACGCCGGAGGGAGAGGGCGAGAUCGCCGGAUCGAUCCCCGCGCGUGUCGUCGUCGGCGUGCACGCGCUGGAAGACGCGCUGGAGUACCGCUCGGACGUGGCGGAGGACGAGGAGGACUCCGGGGACGCGGAGGUUGGGGGUUCGAUCCCCACCGCGGGCGAGGACCCGGCGGGCGAACUGAGGGCGUGGACCGAAUCCUGCGUCGCGGCGCUGACGUCGCCGCGCCCGCGACGGGACGGCGGCGGCGACGGCGCGAGGAAAAAACGGGGCGGGCGGCUAUCGGGUCUGUUCCGAGUCGCCGGAAAACAAACGCCGGUUCGGAGUCGUACCGACGUCGAAGGUUCGAAUCCGGAUGGGGCCGCAAGGCAGGUUUUCGAUGUCCACGUGGCGUUCGAGGACGCGUCGUUCAGCGCGCGCGGCGCCGGGACGGUUCGCGCGUGGGCCGAGCGAGUCUUCGCGAACAAACACGGUUCAAACAAGCACGAGUCCUCGAACGAGCACGGUUCAAACGAGCACGAGGCUGGGUCGGACGACGCGUCGCUCGCGGACCUCGUGGCGCUGACGGCGGGUUCCGACGCGCUGGUGGUGACCGCCCUCGGUUCGGACCUCGGGGGUGUCGUUUCGGCGGUGUGGCGGGCGGUGACGGGCUCGGACGCGUACGCGCCCGGCGAUGGUUGCGGCGGGGGCGGGAACGAAGGAACACAGCUGUGGCGGGGGUCGUUUGGGGGCGAGCGGGCGGCGGCGCUGGCGAGGGCGACGGGGCGAGGGGUCGUCGCGCCGGCGAGGCGGGCGUCGAGGGGCGGCGAGGGGGAGUGCUGAUGGGAGUCGAGGCUGAUGGGAGCUCAGGAGUGUUGGAAAUAUUUCACCCCCGGGCGGGCGUGGUCCCGGGC